CGGCGAAACACGAUUCCAAAGCCUCCUCACAGACAUCGAAAGGCCUUGGCAAACCUGCUCAAAUACCCAAGUUUCAGCCUGCAGGGCAGAGAGCGCUGCACAUGCACGCCGCCGGCGCUGCCCCACACAACCAUGCCACAGCCUGACCCCAAGGCUUUGCACGCCGCGCUCCAGAAAUAUGCCGAAGCGUCCAUCCAGAAAGAAACGGCCUGCCUCACGCAGGAGCUUGGGCUCCAAUACCAGGUACUGUACACUGCGUCCGACGCUCCGUCGCGUACGCCAUCGACGCGACUCGUCCAUCAGAGGAGGCGCGUCGCUCGCAGGUUUUGCAUCUGGGCAACCGCGUCCAGGACCGGUUGAUUAGACGCUCGAGGAAGGCGGUCCGCAUGAUGGACAACGGGAAAUCCAUCGAUGACUUGCCAGACGGAGGCUGGGAGCCCCCCGUCGAUACGACGCUGCGCAAGUCCUCGCGAAUGCGACGAUCGCAGCGAAUCCCGGGCGUCACGCUGGACGACGGGUCGUCCUUCCGCGAAAACAUGAAAAGACUAGAGAAGGGCUGGCGGGGUUCACCCGGCUGCAAGGCCCAGAAUUUAUUGACUUUCUCACUGAGCGCAAACAAACUCGUGAACCGUGAUCGCAUCAUGUACUGCGGAGGCGAUGCCACGAUCCCGGGCUUGGUAGGGACACCGGCCUCGCAAGAACAUCAAAAUGAUAGGAAGGCGAAAGUCGCGGGAGGCCGAGACUUCUCACUCACCGAAUUUAUUCACUGCGUGAGGACUGGGAAGGGCGGCAUGGGCAUGUUGAAUGCUGGGUUACCGAACGGCCAGAAGCUCUCGGACUUGUCCGAUAAGAAGCUCGCCAAAAUCUUUCAAGAGAUCGACGAGGACCAGUCGAAUUCACUUAGUUUUGACGAAUUUAUUCAUGCGGUCGAGGUCUGGGAGAUCGGUCGAACGGCGGCGCGCGAUCGCCGGCGGAAGGCUCGUGAGGAGGUUUGUUGGAGAGGGGGGAUUUCCAAACAAAAGUUUGUGCAACGCGUGCGGGACGCGGGUCGUAUUGGUGGUUUUGGGCAGGUCCUCGCUCGGGGCCGGAAGCUGCGGGACCAUUCUACGCGGGAGCUGCGGGCUUUAUUUGACGUGAUCGAUGACGACGGGAACGGUUCGUUAACGGCGAAGGAAUUUAUUGAUGGGUUGGAGGCGUUGGACGACGAGCGGCCGGCGUCGCCGAAGAAGCGGCCGGGCGCGCUCGCGGCGGCGGUGGCUUCGGCGCCCGCGGCGGCGACGGCGUCUACCGCGGCGUCUUCUACCGCGGCGACGGCGUAAUAUAUACUUGUUAA